CCUCCGGCCGCAGGUCCGCGCUGGGCAGCGGCAGCAGCGGCGGGGCGCGGAGCCGGAGCCGGAGCCGGAGCGGGCCAUGCUCGUGCGGAUGCUGAUGCUGGUGCGGAUGCUGCCGGGCUGAAGCGCAGGACUCGCUUCCUGGAAUUGUUCCCUCUGCAAGGCUCUGUGCCCAUCUUGGUUCCGAUAUGAGCAGAUCAAUCAGAUUUCAGGUUUGCUUGGUCACCUGCAUCAUCCUGCUCAUAUUCUCUAGCUGGCAAUGCCUGGCCUUCCAGAGACCGGAGAAGAGAGACUCGGUGCAGGUAGAGCAAACUGCCCUGGCAGGGAACGAGUUAAAAGACAGGCUGAACACACAAAGCUUGGAAAAUAACCUUGGCCUCUCUGAGCAAACCACCAGUGAUCCCAUCUCAGAAGAGCCAUCUGUAGUGUCAGCGAAGCCAUCUGGGACAUCAUUAAACAAAGGCUUCACUGCAAGAGGAGAGACACAGCACACUAGUCUUAGCGGUAAUGUUUUCCCAGACAGUAAGAGCCUGGGUGUUUACACCCCUACGGUAUCAGUGGUCGCUACAGAUAAAAAGGAACUUAGCCCCACUAGUCCAGACAAAGAGCUGAGUGAAAAUGGACCUAUGAAGGCCAUGCUCACAACAGCGGUGACUACCCUAAAUCCCAACAGCAGCAGCGCUGGUAGCAAGACAACAGUAGGGGAGAGCAAUGAAACAGGACGUGGCUUUUCUGCCUAUCUAAAUAACCCGGUUUUCAUGACGGCUGCUACAGAAGAGAAGAAGGCUGAAGGGAACGUGGAGCAGUCGGUGACAGCCCAGCUGAGCAGUGAUGAAAUGCCCACUUUGCUCCCCAGCUCCCGAACCUUAGAUGUGGCGGAUGACUUCCUGGCAAUCCCUGCACCUCUUGUUGAUCAAACCGCUGAAUCCGAGCCUGGCACACUGGUGCCAAAUGUAGCCAGCCCCUUGCAGUGGACAGCAGCAGAGGGCCCUGAUUUUACUGCAAAACCCUCUUCUCUAUUCACAGAUGCCUCCCUGAAUUUGGAAGCAGGACCUGACAACGGGCACGGGGGCUUCCAUGCUACAGCUAGCAUGGUCACAGUCCCUCCGGCUGUCCCUGCACCGACUGAUGACUGGGAUGAUACAAAAGUAGGGAACAUUAGCCAGGAGAGGGGCACAAAACAGGAGGAGAUAAAGCUAGACCACAUGGUAACAGAGCCACCUCAGACAGCAGCAGGAGACCUUGGGGAGAAGGAUAUGAAAGGACUGAUGCCAUUCACAGCUUCUGCAUAUGCAACUACUGUGAACCUAGAUGAAAAUGAUCCUGCUGGGCCAAGCCCGAUAUCUGUGUGGGGGAAAAAGAUGUCAACAGCUUCUGCUGACCAAACAGUGGUUUCUGUCCUCAGCACCCUGCCUGCAGAUGAAGCGACUGCCGCAAACACAGUGGAAAAUACAGAACCCGUGGAGGAGAGGGAACAUGUCUCUCUACCAUUGCCAGAGGCCGUUGCUGAUACGCAGUCUGACGUCUUCCAGACUCUAGCAAACACAUUAAAAGGUGUUACUCAGGAAACGACAGUCAGUCAAGAAACCGAUGCUGCUUUGCCUGUCCUGACGCCAGCAGACCUUGCUAUGCAUGGGGCCACAAGUGCGACAGAGGAGAAAAGUAAGCUGGUAACCCAGCUACCAGAUGUCUCUGGUAUCACCCAGCUGUUGAGUGCAGACUAUCCAGCAACUCUCGUCUCCUCCGCUGCCUCCCAUUUGUCUCCUGAAAAAACUCCAGAAGUUGAAGAGCUGGUCACCAUCUCCAACGAGAAAGCUGUCCCUGCCCUUGCUGGACCUGACACGACCCGUGCUGGGAUGGGAAUGCAGACGGAGGAGACCACCAGUAGGACCACGGUCUUGGCAACUCCAGCUUCAGUGGUGUCGUCUGUAAGGAGGACUGUUGUUCCAUCUGUGAGGAGGAUCAGCACGGCCGUAACCUAUGGACUGGACCAGCUGGAAUCGGAAGAGGGUGAGGAAGAGGAGGAGGAUGAAGAAGAAGAGGAGGAGGAAGAAGAAGAGGAAGAGGAAGACAAAGAUAUAGACUCAAUGGAUGAGAGCAUGGAAGGGGAUACUGAGUUGCCAGGCUUCACACUUCCUGGUGAGCCCUCCCAAGAACCCCUCGCUGGCCUGGGCAACCCUGAAGCACAGCUAGCUGGGGUAUCUUACCAAGUUCCAGACACCAUCGAAUGGGAACAGCAAAACCAGGGCCUUGUGAGGAGCUGGAUGGAAAAGCUCAAAGAUAAGGCAGGGUACAUGUCUGGGAUGCUGGUUCCUGUGGGGGUCGGCAUUGCCGGAGCCCUUUUUAUCCUGGGAGCACUCUACAGCAUUAAGAUUAUGAAUCGCCGAAGGAGAAAUGGCUCUAAAAGGCAUAAAAGAAAGCAGAGGGAAUUUAACAGCAUGCAAGACCGCGUAAUGCUCUUAGCUGACAGCUCCGAAGAUGAAUUUUGAAUCAAACUGCAGUGCCGUCGUGAGAUCCAAUGACUUUUUCUUUUGGUGGGGGAGGGCAGGGAAGGGAGCAAAAGGAAUGAAUAUCUGCUGCAUCACUGCUAUCAGCCACUCUGAGCCACUGGUAGUGGUUUCUGCACCCUGGCAAAAACAGCAUGCUGUAUCUAAAUGUAAUGUGCAAUGAUGUUUGUUUUUCUACAGUAGUGAGAGUUCAUAUUCACCCACAGCACGUCAUUAUAAUGCAGAGUCCGUACUGCUACAGCUGGAGCCGGUACAUAUGGACGAUUAUUUUGUUAUUAUCACAGCGUAACAUUUUUGUUCCAGCUGACAGUAGUCAGAUCAUAAUUGCUGCUCUCACCUAAAUUGGGGAUGGAAAUCUUAACCGCAAAUGACCUCUGUCCAGUAAGUUAACUUUAAAUGUUACAUAACCUGAGCUAGAGUUCAUCGGUGCUAAAAUUAGCUGCUCUGCUUAACUAACGAACAACGCACUUGAACCAUAUCCCUCAUCAACAAAGAAGCUUCCAGGUAGAGUACAAUUUUUGACACAAUUAUGGACUCACUUGUACAUUCUUUGCCUAAUUUCCCGGGUAUUUUAAAAUCUUCUGGUAGCUAUGGUCCAUGGUUAGGGAAAACACAUGGGAAUACCAACAAAAUUUGAUUCACAGCCUAGAGGCUGAGUGCAUUCUUGACCAGCAUGGCACCAGCACAAUAAAUAGAAACACACACACUGACAAAUGCUCAGAUACUCGUAGAGUGAAGUUCUUAGUUCCCCCCCCCCAGUGUGCAGCAUGAAUAGCAAAUAGGCAGAAGAAAAAGGCUUUUUAUUUUUAGAGGGCAUGUUUGAAGACACUGGUUCUGUCAUCACUCUUAUACAGGGGCAUAUUCACUAAGUGGCAUGAGUAUUAAUCUAGCGUUUGUCUCUUUCUACAGCUGGUAACUGGAGCGUAACUGCUAUCACAGAUACCUGUGACCCUUUGCAUCUUGGGAGGGGCAUAAUGCUCCUGCUCUGCUGGCCAACCGGGAAAGCAGAGGGUGCGCAGAACGCAAUACAGGAGCCAACCUGAGUGCAGAAUAGCCCAAAGGGUGAAGAGUGUAUGCAAAAUGAAUUCUCCUCCUUUUUCAGGGUGAGGGAGAAUUAACCAGUGGGUAGUAGGCUUUUGGACCAAAUUCAGAUCGUCGUAUGAGGCUGCAGUACAUUUGGCUACAGGAAGGAGGGCAGUGACGGCUGGGGUACCAAAGGCACAUAGGUAAGAAUGGAGGUCAAGACUGGCAGGCAGAGUAGGCAGAAUAGGUGGUGAUACCUGGGCAUGGUGGGCUUUGCUGGCAUGUUUAUGCUUACAUGGCCACAAGGGGUAAAGUUUAGAAAAGAUGUGGGACACGGAAACAGGAAGGCGUCAAGGCUACAGCACAAGUGACUCCAGAUGGGAAUGUGGCUGAGCUUGGAGGAGGAAGCCAUUGAAAUGGCUGCUGGGGCCUGUUUCAUUAACCAGAACAAGCAGUACUGACGUGGAUAGGAGAUUUCGAAAGAGCCAGUGAGCGAGGAGAGCGUGUUUCUGGACCGGAGCAGAAGAGAGAUGUUGCCAUUCAACCAAGAAUGUUAAGGGGAAAAAAAAAAUCAGAAAUGCCCCGAAGGCCCUUAUUUUCUUGGUUCAAUGAGUAGGGAGAGGACAGCUUAAUCUUACAUUUAUGCAAAAUCCAUUUUUCCAAGACAGGGAAUCUUGACCACUAUGAGUAGAAGAGGCAAGUUUAGUCCGAUAUGGUCAAGCUGCUCAUUUAUCUAGCUAAAUCUCUCAAUGUCAUUGAAAAAAGUACAAGAGAUAAGUGCUUGAGGAACAGCUAGGGUCUGAUAUAAUUCUCUGUAAAGGUGAAAAGGACUGGCUGAUUGCCGAGAUCAGACACAGCAGUCAUUGCCGCUAUGUAACCCAGAAGCACACAGGACAAAUCAGGAAGUGGGGAGAAGGGAGAUUUUAAUCCAUCUUUCCCUCGACUUGCUGAGCGCACUCCUUAGUCUAAGUUACACCUGUGAAGGGCCCUGAAGGAUGGUACUUUCCUGGGUAUGACCCAGAUGUGCACGGUUAGGGUUCAGUAUCCAAGGGUCAGCAAUAUCAGAAGCCAAGGGUCACAAUACCAGGUACCAGUCCAAGUACAAGGGGUCAUGCUGGGGGUCAGGAUGGGUUUGUAGUCAAGCCUGGGCUGGAAGUCAGGAGCCAGAGAGUUCAAAACACAAAAUAGGGCAAGCAGAAAUGAGGUACUAGGGCGAGGCUGGAGCAAAGCAGGAAGGUCCCAUAUAGCAGGUCUGUAAACACUCUUGCCAGGACAAGGGCCCCAGGAAAAGUCGGAGGGUUUUCAUAGCCCUCCUAUCAAAGAAGGCAUGUGGUUUCCAUUGGUGCCCCUGUGUCACACGUUCCUACAUCAGGAGCCUCACGAGAGGGCCCAAGCUGGGCUGGGUCCAGCACCCAGCUGGAUGCUUGGUGGCACUGCAGCCCAGGCCUUCACCCCACAAGCCUGGAAGACCUGAGUUUGAGCCUCAGGGCUCCUGACAGGUACAGCAGCUAGGUAGACAAGGAUGCCUUGCCCUAUUUCCAUGGCCAUGCUCCCACUCCUUGCAAGCCACUGUCUUUUGAGUGAAUGCAUUCUGUCAUCUGCAGGCACAGCUGAGAGCACAAGGACCCUGCACACGCAGGCAAGUUAGAGGCUAUGCUUUGUAGAUCUGACUUGACAAAGAAUAAAUAACUCAUGCGUGAACCAGUGUGUAGAUAGAGCAUGGAGAAAAAAUGGGCCUUUUCUCUGAGAGGGCAUCAGCUCUUACUGUGGAUGAGGAGGGUCAGUGGUCUGCAGUAUGCCGUACCUGGAUGUGACAAUGAAUAACAACAAGCGGUAGAGUUUAUCCCUGGAAGCCACCAUACCUUCCCCAGACUAUAGUGACUUCCCUUGAGAAGAAAUAAGGGCAACUAGAAAUGCUUCUGAUGCAAGUCUUCCAGCCUGACAACUGUGCAUGGGUCCACCAAGUGCUUCUCACAACAGACGCUUGGGAAACAGUGGGGAAUCAAAGCCAAGCAGCAUCCAGCUCCUCCAGCAUGGCAUUGUCUUCCUGAAGAGCCCCUUCAUCCCAGAAUCUCUCCCAAGAGGGCCUCAUGUCUUCCUUUCCCACUGGAAGAUUUUGAUCUGCCUCCCUUGCUAGGCAGCUCCAGAUGCCUUCCCGGCAGGCAGGAGCCUGGCAGCAAUCACUUGAUGGUUCCUUCAUUUGUCGCUCUGCCCCUCACAGCUAGCUGCAUGUUGUCCAUAGAGUCUGGAUGCCAAGGAUCCUGCCCAGCCCUAAUGUAUCACUGCUAUUUGAAUGCACUUCCGCAGAUACAAGGUGCUUCUUCUUUUAACAGACACUUAAAGUUUCUUCCUUUCCGCAAAACUAGGCUUAGCCCACGCCAGGAGAACCAAUCCUCCCCCAUUUGCUUCUCUCUCUGAAAUGUCUUGGGGAGUGUAAGAUGGUUUAGAGGUGUUGCUGCCUUAGCAAACCAGGAAACUUUACUGGCCAACACACCACCAUGGUUAAGCUGUGAGCAGUGGUGAGAUCAUUGCCUUUGGGCUCUUUGCAGAAGUGAUGGUAGGGUCUUAUGAUAGGAAACAAAACCAAGUGACUUUCACCCAGCUUGAUCAACAUCUUCACAGCAGGAAACUCCUGCAGGGAACCAUUCUUCCAUCUCAAAGGAGAAAGUCUUGGUAAAGAGCACUGAGCCCUCCAAGGCAGUGGGCAUGUCUUACAAGUAGCAAGUUAGUCACUGGGCCGAAGAAGACCAAUCUGAGCUGAUCUCAGAAAUGGGAGAGGAGGGGAAGAGAAAUUUGUUUUGAUCAGGGAGACCCAAACAGAUAAGGAAGAGCAGGGCUUUCUGCAGUAACAGCCACAGGAAGGACAGCCACGAUGGGCUGCUCUGGUUAGUCCUGGUUCACGUACACAAGGUGUAGUGGCCGUGUGGGUUCCAAUCAGUAUCUGAAUGAAUGAAGAUGCAAGAUUUCCACUAAAUUGUAUCCUCUCUUGAUAAAGCAGGAGAGGAGGCUGCACUGGGGAGCCCAGCGGCAUGAAUAACACUGCUUUGGCAGCACCGAAAGCCAGGUAAACGCUCUUCAGCUGGAGCUGUCAGCUUGAUGGAAUGGAAAAACCAGGAGGGCGAUGCCGUGGCCUUUCGUUGUGCUCAAAAGCUGGAGGUAGAGAGACAAGCUUUUUACGGUGGCAGUAAUUCCUCCUUUGUUCUAACGUAGUUAACCACAUGAGGCAUUAAAGGGAACGUUGCCCAGGGAAACAGUGGUGUUGCAUGUAAAUGAAGCAGCUCUUGUUAUCUCCUCUGGGCAGUGAGAGUAGGUUGGAAAGCCCAGUCCAGCCCGGGAAGAGCGCUGACGUUAUUUGCUCUGCCCCUGCAGACCCAUUGAGUUAAACAUGGUGCUGUAGAAAAGGAUUGAGUUUGAGGCAGGUCUGAUAAUCAAAUACCUCUAUCCCGUGGGUUAAAUAACAGGAAGGGUGUGGCAUAAAUGGCCAAGGCAGGAUUUCAGUUAAAGGAGAUGGUCCACCCCUGGUGCUCGUAGGUUAACACUGGUCUACUAUGCAUGGUCUAUUAUGCAGACAUUUUGUACCCUCUGUGCAGAUGGCUAUAGGAAGGAACCAGGGGGUUGGGAAAUGGAGAUCUAGCUCAGAAAUGCCUGAUCUACAAGCAUGGAGUAUAAGUUAAUGUGUAUUUUAGUGGCACCAGUUUAGGUAGGUGCCUGGAGCGUAGUGCUUGGACAGUGCCUAUCUCUUUUGAGGAGCCAGCUGCAGGGCCCACCCACCCCUCCAGACUUCUGAUCCAGCUCCCUUCCAGACAGGAGCGAAGGGGACAAUCCGGUCCAUGUUGGGGUCUCCAGUCAUGGAACCCAUUUAAAAGCAGGCAAAGUGCAAUCCAGUGCUGCAUGAAGUUAAUGGAAGUUGGAACAGAUCCCAGAGGCACACGAACCAUUAAACUCCUGGUCUAUGUAUAUGUAGGGCCUGGUUUAAAACCAGUAGCCAUUGGAGCAGCCACUUAAAAGUAGCCUGAUAGGACCACCUGACUAUCAUCGAAUCAUAGAGUUGGAAGGGACCUCCAGGGUCAUCUAGUUCAACCCCAAAAGGAGGUCAAUUAGCCUAUAAAAGGGACCCCAUUCCUCCCCUCCACCCCCCCAAGUUUCCAAGACCAAUGCUUUAGCUUCUGUGCUGUGAAGUCACAAGGAUCAAAUGAUAAUUGUACGCAUCCUUGGAAAUCAGUGCUCAUUGGCAUGUAUUAGCUCUAGAAUUGUGAGUGCUUGUGUAACUCUAGAAUUACCCUAGUUAUUCCAGUCCAAAGUUACUUUCCAAGCAGCAACACCAGUUUUGCUAGAAGCUGGAUUAAUUCACUUAAAACAAUUUAAGGGGAGACUACGCUGGGGGCAUGUCUCGAAAGAGCUGAAACUUCCAGUUGUUCAAAGACUCAAUUUUGUUGGUACACAACAAAACUGGCGCACUCAUCAAACAAGCAAACCAUUUCUUUUAUGCAUAUAUUUUAACGCUAAACAGCAACUGAACUUGCUCUGCGCCUGCAAACACAACAUUCGAAUGUUGCACAGGUGAGCUAGAAGCCCUGAACAUUUGGGGCAUCUCAUGACAGUGCGACCUCAACCCUCAUGCAAAGGCACAGCUACAAUGACUACUUUGCUGCAGCAAUAACAGUCUCUCAACUCAGCACAGGGCAAGUAGCUGGCUUCUGUUAUCCAGCAGAUGCCCCGUUUCGAAUUUCAUGGUAGCACAUGCCAGAAUGUAGUGUAGGCAUCGCCAAAUAGUCUCAACAUUCAGAGCUUCAUUUCAAGCGAGAGGGCCAAGCCUGCUCGAUGUGCGAUUCCUGUAUGACAAAAUGUACCUUCGCUGUACAGCUGCUGAUUUUCAAAUGUCAAUAAUGCCCGACGGUCACCUCCAGUGAGGUUUUCUUGGACUGCACUGCUUCCAUAGAGUGCUAACAGCAGUCCCUUGUGCUUUAUCGUGGUUUUAUAUCCUGAACAAGAACAACUACUCAUACUGUAACUAUGGAAUGUAGCACUUUGUUAAUUUAAACAAUUGGAAAAUAAAAGCUGUCCAUCAUAUCUAA